CCCAAUGAGAACGGCCUUGGCUUUUCUUUCAUCCCACCUCUCAAACUUACUGCCCUCUCCCUCUUCUCCACUAACUCACCAUUCCCUUCUCUGUCUCACUUUAUCUCUUACCCCCUUUUAACUACUCCCAAAAUCAAGCUUAUAUAUUAAAACAUCUUUGCUAGGCAUUUACUCUUCAUGCAAUGGCUGUUGACUGCAUCCCCUCCAUGCCUCACCGUCCGAAAGACGAGUCUAAAAAGCUCGUUUUCGAUGCCCCCGUCUUUAGUUUCCAAUCCCAAAUACCAAAAGAAUUCAUAUGGCCUGAUGAUGAAAAGCCUGGGGCCGGGGCUAAUCCACCAGAACUCAAGGUACCCCUCAUUGAUCUAGGAGGCUUCCUUUCUGGUGACCCUGCUGCUACAAUUGAAGCCUCAAGGCUUAUCGGCGAGGCGUGUCGGCAGCACGGUUUCUUUCUUGUAGUUAAUCAUGGAGUCGAUGCGAAACUCCUCGCUGAUGCUCAUGACUACGUGGACAACUUCUUUGAAUUGCCAUUAAGCCAGAAGCAAAGGGCUCAAAGAAAGCUAGGGGAAGAUUGUGGAUAUGCAAGUAGCUUCACUGGCAGAUUCUCCACCAAGCUGCCAUGGAAGGAAACACUGUCGCUUCGCUAUUCAGCGAAGAAUAACUCGUCCAAGGUAGUGGAAGACUAUCUUGUUAAUAAAAUGGGAGAUGAAUUCAGGCAAUUCGGGAGGGUUUACCAAGACUAUUGCGAGGCGAUGAGCAAGCUUUCGUUAGGGAUAAUGGAGAUUUUGGCCAUUAGUCUGGGCGUAAAGAGAUCAUAUUUCAGGGUAUUCUUCGAGAAAAACGAUUCAAUAAUGAGGCUAAACUACUAUCCCCCAUGCCAAAAACCAGACCUCACUUUAGGAACAGGGCCUCAUUGCGAUCCAACGUCGUUAACCAUCCUUCACCAAGACAGAGUCGGUGGACUUCAAGUGUCUGUAGACAACGAAUGGCGUUCAAUCAGCCCGAAUCUCGAAGCAUUUGUCGUCAACAUUGGCGAUACCUUUAUGGCACUGUCGAAUGGUAGAUACAAAAGUUGCAUGCACCGGGCGGUGGUGAACAAUCAAUUGACGAGAAAAUCACUGGCUUUCUUUCUGUGUCCACCGGGUGAUAAAUUGGUAACCCCACCAGCAGAGUUGGUCAACAAAAACAAUCCCCGAGUAUACCCAGAUUUUACAUGGCCUAUGCUGCAUGAAUUCGUACAAAAGCAUUACAGAGCCGACAUGAACACUCUCCGUGUAUUCUCCAACUGGCUUCAACACAGAAACACCUGAACCCUUCUCUCUCUCAUCUCUCUUCUUCCCCCCCCCCCCCCCCCCCCGUUUUAAUCUCCAUUGAUGAUAUAGUAAUGCAAUCAAUAGAUUCAACUCUCUUCUUCGUGUAAAAACAAAAUUCGGCUACUUAAUUAAUUACUACUAGUUCUUCUUUCA